AUGCCGUGGUUGUUCCUUGCUACUGCGAUCCUGUUGCUGUGGGGAGGGGGAGGAGGAGGAGGAGGAGGAGGAGGGGGAGGAGGGGGAGGAGGGGGAUUGUGCUUGGCAAUUUCAAUUGGAAGAUCAACGUCAACGGGAAGUUUGCCUGGGGGGAUGCGAUGGGUUACAGACCGGCAUGGUUUCCCAGUGCUCAAGACAGGAUCGGACCUGUUCCUCUCAGAGAAGGAGAUAGCGCAUAAGAACGCUGUGAAGAAGAUUUCUGCCGAGUUGAGUGUAUCCCUACUUGAGAGAACUGAACCGGGAGGAUAUGCCCUGAAGAAAGGAACUUCGUCUUCGAAUCAAGUUCACGACUCUAGUUACAAGAAGGCACAGUCGAAACCGAUCGAUCUCUCCUCCUUCAACUCCAUCUUGCGCGUAGACGUCGAGAGCAUGAUCGUGAGGGCCGAGCCUCUUGUCAACAUGGAGGAACUCGUGCAAGCCACGCUGUCGCGCGGGCUUCUUCCUAAGGUUCUUCCCGAGUUCAAGCACAUCACUGUAGGUGGGGCCAUCAUGGGGGCAGCUCUAGAGAGCAGCUCACACCGGCACGGGCAGUUUCUGGACAUCUGCAACUCAGUCGAGCUGCUGUUGGGGGACGGGAGCGUGAUCCUAUGUAGCGCCACUCAUAACGAGGACUUGUUCAAUGCUCUGAGCGGGUCGUACGGAACGUUGGGCGUUCUCUUGUCGGCCUCUAUCUCUUGUGUGCCGGCCACACAGUACAUCAAGAUGAGCUAUACCCUGCUGCCCACCAUAGACAAGGCGAUUCAGACCAUGGAGAGACUGUGCGGUCCUUCAUCCGAGCACGAGUUCAUCGAUGGCGUUCAGCUCGCCAACUCCAAGCACGCCAUCGUCGUCGUUGCUGACUUCUAUCAAGCCCCGUUCCUGCAGCAGACGGAUUCGGCGAACAUUAAGGCGGCCGAUCGCCCUGCCAGCGUGACGAGCGGCUUUAAGGAUGAGCCCUCUCCGAAGAAGUGCAAGGUCCUCUCCCUGGGAAGGCCAUGGAACCUGUGGUUCUACGAGCACUUGAGCCGGGUAGCAGAGAAAUUGAGGAGGAAACAUCCGGAUCUGAUGAAAAGGAGCGAUUUCCACAUAGAGGGCGACUUCUUCGAGAUAGUCAAAACGGAAGACUAUCUCUUUCGCUACGACUACGGCGCCUUCUGGAUGGCACGGCCGAUGACGUGGGGGGCAAAGAGCACCAGGCUUAAUCUGGUGACCUCUACUUUGUUUCUGAUGACAAGUCCAUGGCUGAGAAUGUUCACGGGGUGGAUGUUCUCAACGAGGAUCCUUUUCUCCUUGCUCAGACUCGCCUCAAGAUCCGCAAUUGCGUCAAAGAUGAUCAUUCUGGAUGCAUACAUGCCCAUCAGGAGCGCCGCGACGCUCGUGCAGGAAGUUCGGUCCAAGGUUCCCAUCAGCACCCCGAUCUGGCUUUGCCCCGUCAAACCCUCAUCAGCAGCCCAGCUGCUCUCUCCCCAUGGGCACGUGAAAUCGCUGGUGGUGAACGUGGGGAUCUACGGGCGGGUGUGCGAUGGCAGAGGCUCGUUCUACACCAAGUUCCUGGAGGCUCAGAUUGCGAAGCUAGGGGGAAGGAAAAUGCUCUAUUCGCAAAAUUUCUACAGCGAGAAUGAGUUCUGGGGAAGAGAAGCGCCGUGGAAGAAGACGAUGCCUUCGGAGAGCGAGUACAACCAGCUGAGGAAGAAAUACGCAGCAGAAGGUGUGUUUCCCAACCUCUUCGUCAAAGUCUGCGAGGCCGCGCGGCCACCCGAGCAAGCGACGUUCAGAAAUCGACUCUCCAACUUUCUCUCCAACCUGCUUCUCUAGUGACUCUCUGGAUCAUCUGCUCUUCUUCUUUGCUUUCUUCUUGUUCUUGGCAUCGUUCGUAUUGCCCAUCCCCAUCCCCAGGCCCUGGCCUCUCUCUACCGGCUUCUCCGCUUUGCUUCCUCCACCAGAAGGGAUUGGCUGAUUUGCCGACCACAGCGCGAGCUCCUCCAUAGCGAGCUUGAACUCGUCCAAGUACGGCUGAGCUCGUUCAACAGGAUGGGAGAUCUCUCGGAUUUGAUAGGUUGCGUCUGCAUACACCUUCCGCUCGAUCGCCAUGAUCCUGUGAUGAUGGAGAAUGUACCGAUGGGCUACAGCUUGCAGGUCAAGCUCGUCAACGAGACUGUCUUCGUUAAAGUUUGCCCAUCGCUGAGGCUCGGCCUGCAGCAUCCUU